CCCAACUUCGCCGCAUCAAAAUGCAUAUUGACGGUGCUCCUCACAGUCUGCAUGCAGGAUGCUGUUGAACAGACAUUAUGAAGUAGCAAGCGGCUCACUGCUACUUGAGCAAGGCAACUGUCUCAUCAUCCCCACUAUCUAUUAUCUCCUCACCUUCUUUCGAAAGAACAUUUACUUGGACGAUCAACCACAUUUGUCAAGUCAAGCAGACCUAUAUUAGUAACAACCUCUACCAUGAUCGCAAAAGACUUCAUCACUGCUCAUACGACCGAGGUCGAGAACCCUCGACUAAGGCUUUUGAAUAAGAUUAAGGCGGGAGAAUACCCCUUGAUGACUUUCGUGGCCAUCCCUUCAAUACGCCAGGCCCAGAUUGUUGCCUUGACUGGUCUCGACGGCAUAAUAAUCGACUGCGAGCAUGGACACAUUGGUGAUGAUGCGAUGCACAACUCAGUCGCUGUCAUAUCAGCCCUUGGGGUUUCGCCUGUCAUUCGGAUCCGAGGCCCGGCACACGAUAUCAUUAAACGGGCUCUCGACACUGGUGCUCAUGGUAUCAUGGUUCCUCAAAUCAAUAACGCUGAAGAAGCAGAGCAAGUCGUCGCUUCUUCCAAGUUUCCACCACAAGGUGUGCGUGGUCAAGGCUCAGCCUUUCCCGCUAUCGGACAUGGCCUCACGACGCCCGAGUACAUGAAGUCUGCGAACGAGACGAUCUUGACCAUGAUUCAGAUCGAGACUCGCGCCGGAGUUGACAACGUCGAUGCUAUUGCGGCAGUGCCUGGCGUGGACCUCAUCUUCAUUGGGCCAAACGAUCUUGCGCAAGCUCUCCUCGGUUAUGUGCCCGCACGAGGUGAUGAACCGGAGUUUGUCGCUGCCAUCGAUAAGAUUGAGCAAGCGGCGCGGAAACAUGGCAAGUGGUUCGGCAGGAUGGUCAACAACGGUAGCGCAGCGAAGGAUGUCAAGAAAAGGUAUGACACUGUAGCCAUCACUGGUGAUACAAAGGCAAUCCAGAACUGGUACACAGCAGAAUUCGAUAUCGCACGAUCAUGAUAAGUUGGGCGUUUGACAUUUUUGUGGUCUACAGUCAAUGAGAAAACAUUGUCAAAUCAGACAAGGCAUACAUAAAUUUAAGAUUAUUAUUCAAAAUCUGCAAUGUGCCUAAGUAGUCUGAAAACACUGC